AGUUUGUCUGGGCUUUAACUUUGAUUUUCACAAAUAAAAAAACUGAUAUAUUGGCAGGUUUUUGAGGCUAAAAAUCCCCACCCAGUAGCUCCUCUUAAAGCCUUCAUAACAUUCCCUUAAUUCCCUUAAUUUUUUUCACACACAAAACACUUUGCUUUCCAGCUGGGAACUUGUACUCCUCCUGGCCUUACAUCACCGUGUGUGCAUCCUUGAAUCAACUAUGAACGCUGCCGUUUGCGUGGUGGUCACCGUUCCUACGGCAGCCGAGGAGCAACGCUUGAAUCCCCGUGCCUGCUCCUUAUGCGGUGGCUCUUUGCUAGAUGGCAAGGGCUCCUCGGAGCUAUGCAAGCGUUGCCUUCAACUGAGUCACAUUUCUGGAAAUAGCCUGGAAACGCCACAGAGAGGAGGUGCUAUUGCUGCCCCUCCCCGUGAUCGAUCUCUCCCCUUGAACAAGCUCAAGGAGGAUGCUUCGCUGGAGCAGCUUUUACAUGCCAUUGCCGAGGAGCUGUGUUUGGAGUAUGAUGUCUUUUGGUCACAGGAUCUCAGUGGAAGGCAUCUACAAGCCCGCUUUGAUUUGCAGCAGGACGAGCGUUUUGAGCGGCUGCUGUGCACAUUGCAGGAUUGGGGAGUGGGUGAGCGUCCUGGCACCCAUGUGAGUGCCAUUAAUUGUUUGGAAACUCGAGACAAGCCGGAGCAGAAGGAGCAGCCGGAGCAGCAGCAACAAUCGCAGACUGGAGACCAACAGCAGCAGCAGCAGCUACAAGAUAAGCUCAGCCAGAAUCAGGCCAGGCAAAGCCUCAAUCAGGGCUGGCAGAGCUUCAUGGACUCGGUGCGGUGUCGUUUGAAUGUCAACCAGGUGGUGCGCCAGGUGAGACGCGAUGCCACCUUAACCUUUGACUUUGUGGUGCUUCUCAUAUCCGCCGCCUUGCUCUCCUGCGUGGGUCUGGUGGAGAAUAGCUUUCUGUUCCUGUCCAGCUCCAUGCUCAUCUCCCCCCUGAUGGGUCCCAUUAUAGCCGCCAUCUUUGGCUCGGUGAUUGGCGAUCGGGACUUGUGCUGGCUGGGAUUGAAGAACGAGCUCUUGGGCAUUGCUGUUUCCGUGGCCAUUGGCUUUGUCUUUGGUGGCAUUGUCUGUGGCUUUGGCUUUUUCUUUGCCAUCUCCACGGGGCUAACCGAGGAGAUUGUCUCCAGAUGUGACACCCAUUCCUUGGCCAUCAAUAUCUGCACGGCCUUGGCUUCGGGGGCAGCGGGUGCCAUUGCUGUUUUGGGCGGUAAUACUGGUUCGCUGGUGGGCGUGGCUAUAUCCGCUUCCUUGCUGCCGCCUGCCGUGAAUGCUGGUCUUCUGUCGGCCUUGGCCAUUGGCACACGCUUCUUGUCGCCGGAUCAUGAGCUCCUCCAAAGCCUGCAGAAGCACAAAACCUACUCGGAUCAUUUGCCCAUCGAGUUGAUGGUCUGUGCGGGUGUAAGCCUGGCUUUGACCUUGCUGAACAUCGUCUGCGUGUGGCUGAUGGGCGUGGUGGUCUUGCGCAUCAAGGAGGUGGCUCCGGCCGUGCAGAGGAAUCAACACUUUUGGCAUCAUGAUUUACGCACUGCCAGGGAGGUGGCUUUGUUGGAUCCUGCUCUACAGAAUGCCAUCGAUCAGCUGGAUGAAAGUCAGACGGGUGGGCCUGGUAGCAGUGUCCCGGAGACUGGUCAGGUGGGUCCCGGGCUGAGCAAUUACCACACGGUUCAUGGCUUCAAGGAGUUUUGCCUGACGGUGCAUCGUCUGAACAAUGUAAAUGCCAAGGAAUCGCUGCAAUCACCGCAAUCACCGCGUCUUCCCAGCGUCAGAGAGCUGUUUGCCCCGCUCCAGGCCCAGGUGGAGGCGGAGGCGGCAGAGGAGGAGGAGGAGGAGGGGGAGGAGGUCCUCCCCAUUGAGGAGCAGUCCCGGAACAAUACUAGCCACAGUACUCUCAUGCAUCCCCCGUCGGCGGACAAUCUGCUGCUGUGCGGCACCUGCCAGAGUCUGCCCAAUCUUCGGCCGCUGGCCAGUAAGCUGAGCCUGCCCAGUUUGGGCAGCCUGGCCCAGCGGAAGCCUGGUGAGGUUUUGAUACCGCUGCCCACUCUGGAGCCCAAGGAGGCGGCGGCUCCUCCUACUCCACCUUUAGAUCGACCACUGAAUCUGCUGGCCUUUGGCCAGAGCGGCGAGGAAGAGCCGCAGGAGGCGCAGGAUGAGUUCCAGGUUUAGUUUUUCGGGGGGGAGUAGGGGGAAGCUUCUCCAAUAAAAAAAAAAAAUACAAAUUUACCACCGCCCGGAGAGAGCAAGGCAAACAGCCAGGAUGCUCCUUGGCCCUCCUCCUGCUCCUGGCUUUGACUACUGCCACAGGAUGUCCCUGUUUGCCAACCACUCAAGGCCCUUGGCAUUGGCGGUGACCAGAAAAAUGCAGCAGGAAAAACUUGGGAAAUAUAUAUAUAUAUAUGUACAGGGACCUGAAAAUGAAUGCAA